AUGUGGCUUUUAAACGGCAGGUAGAUCAACUAUUACCAUCAUACAUGUUGUGCUUCCGUCUGCAAAGUUUAAUUUUUCAUCUUUCGAAGUCUUAAUAAAUUCACCAGUGGUGGAAAGUAACUACAUUUACUCAUUAACGUUACUGUACUUAAGUGGCGUUACAAUUUUGAGACUGUUGCUGAAAUGCCAAAUCAAAGAGACGAGGCCGCUGAUGACUCCCCUGCUGACCUUCCCUGUCUGGAAAAACUUGACUCUCCUACGGGGAGCCCACCCACUGCCUCAUUAUCCAGUCUGAUGGAGCUGGGAAAUUGUGUUUCCAAUCUGAGCCUCGCACAUGAGAUAGUGGUGAACCGAGACUUCUGCUUCAAACCCAAGAGCCUUCCUACAGACAGCCUGGAGGGCAGAGUGACUGAGAUUGUUCACCGGGCGUUUUGGGACAAUCUUCAAGAGCAGCUGAACAGUGAUCCUCCAAACUACAGCCAUGCUGUCGUUCUGCUCCAGGAGGUCAAGACUAUGCUUCAGUCCCUGCUGCUGCCCGGUCACGUCAGACUCAGAUCUCAGCUGGACGAGGUGCUGGACAUGGAGCUGAUCCAGCAGGAGGUCGAUCAUGGAGCUCUGGAUCUCCACAGACUGGCAGGAUACAUCAUCGACACCAUGGCAUCUUUAUGUGCACCUGUGCGUGACCCAGAGGUCAGGGCACUGAGGGACCUCAAGGAUCCUGUGGAGCUCCUGAGGGAGAUCUUCCACAUCUUGGGCCUGAUGAAGACCGACAUGGUUAACUUCACCCUCCAGAGCCUGAGGCCUCACCUCCUGCAGCAAGCCAUGCAGUACGAGAGGGCCAAAUUCCAGCAGAUUCUGGACAAGCAGCCAGCUUCUCUGGACAAUACCAAAACUUGGCUUCAGUCAGCAGCGUCAGAAGAGGCGUCGGCCAUCAGAGCUCAUUUGGAGUCUCCUGGUCCUGACAGCCGAGGGCCCGUCAGCGCCACCGCUGUCCUCAACCGGGCCUACAUGCGUCUGCUACACUGGGACCCGCAAGACCAGAAAUAUCCCGAGACUGCGCUGAUGGACCGAGCUCGCCUGGAGGCUCUGGGCCAGCGGCUCCAGAUGCUGGUCCUGGAGGCUUCGGUGCUGCUCCUGACCAAUGCUCACUGUGGGGGCGCGGUUUUCUCCCUGCAGGGGUUUGUAGGUAAACUCAGGCAGUCCGUCGCUGCCCUGCUGGAGGGCAGUCACACCAGGGAAGCUGACCUGAAAGAUGCGCUGCAGGGACUCGGGGAGACAGUGCUACAGCAGGUGACCGAAGCUCUGAGCAGCCAGGGAGGAGCAGCGCUGCCUCAGGACAGCCUGGAUCUGCUGAAAGGACAAAUAUCUGAGCUGUGGAAGCACAACAAUCCUGUCCGCACACUCAUAGGAGAAAGGGUACGGGGCUUCCUCCAGGCCAUGCUGCAGGCGGGCCCCGCUAAAAGGAGUCCAGAGCUGCCCGCUUCCCUCAGGCUGGUUAGUGCUGAACUAGCAGAGCUGGGGACGGCCUUUGGGCGAGUCAUCCACUUCAACCGAACGGUCUUUGGUCCCUUCUACGCACCCAUCCUCAGGAAACUGCUGUUCCCACCAGGAGAGGCAGAGACCGGGGAGGACUCACGCUAGGCCGAGGGCGACCCAGACAACCUCUGGUGAUCUUAACAUAAGCUGCCAUUUGGCAUUGAAUGUGUAGCUAUAGUGUAAAUACAGUGAAUGAAUGUUCAAGGGACUUUUUUCAGGUAAACAAAAAAGUCUGAAUCAAAGCAUGAGGCAGGUGCUGAAUUAUUAUUGUAUUAAUGCAUCUUAACCACUCAUUUGAGUGCACAAAACAUUAGAAAAAUAGAUUGUGUGACACAAAAUGAGUAAUAGUUGUUUACUUGGACAAAUAGAGUAACAAAUAGUUUGUAGUGUGUUAAUGAGAAAACUCAGUAUGAGUCAUAACUAGAGACUGGUUGUGAUUCUGAAAUGUUUUAGAAAAGAUCAGUUGCCUGGAAAACACAUUUGUUGGUUUUCACUUAGUUUACUUUAUUCUCAAGAUAAACACCCUCAGGAAAAACAUAAAGUACCAAAGAUUAUGCUAAUAGUUUGUAAAUACUUCAGUUUUAAAAAUGUAGCUGGCUUCUGUUCUUAUCUUCAUGUUGACAGAUGUUUAUGUAUAACUCACCAAAGACAGUGUGCACUUUUUUCUGAGUUUAGUUUAGUUUUAGUUUUAUUUUUUUUGCAAUUAUAAACCAAAAAUAUACUCAGUGUUUCCCCUACAGUUGUUGGUAUUAGUGUGUGUGUGGGGGGGGUAUGGAACAGGUGCUUAUUUUAGUAGUUUUAUAGUUUAUUACAAUAACUAAUUCUGUUCAGAUGACUUUGGGUUGCGUUACAUGUUACAUAACUGAAACUGAGUCUGUAAUCCAUUUGCUUUGCAGGAGAAAUGGUUUUCAGUUUAUUUUUAAAGUACACCCUUCACAUGCCAAAUCUUCGUACGGUUGGAAUAUCAAUGCAGUAGCCAGCUGCAAGCGACUAUGAAAGUAACUGUGCUCGUAAUGCUUGCACCGUGCGAGAUUUGAUGAAUUGUUCCUACAGUUCCAGGAAGCCAUUGUUUUCCAUUCAUUUCCAUACAACAUUAAAAUUAUUUAUCAGACUCUUGCUUAUGUUGUAUAAUACAUCACAGUAAAAAUGUGAGUUUAUAUUAACUUUUGUCUGUGUUACAUUAUUGUUGUGUUGUAAUGCAGUUAAACCACCGAUUGAUAAGAACAGUUUGCACUGCAACCAAAAAAUAAUGUAAUUUUGGCAAUUUUGCAAAUGAGAUGUUUAGUGACUGUGAUGGAUUAUGCAACAUAAAGUUUCAAGAGUUACACUCCUCAAGCAAGAGUCAGCUAGCACAUUUUCAUAUAGUACGGAAAUAAAUACACAUCAAUGGACACCUGGAAUGCUAGCCAAAAUACAAAAAAAUUUCUAAAAUGUAUGAUUUGCAUUCAUAAAACAGGCGGCUGACGAUGAGUCACAGAGGUAAGCAUUUUCAGAUAAAUGUUUGUUUAUGAAAACCCAUAAGGUCUUUUAACAACACUACCCACUGUUUUGAAGGUAUUUCCAGACACCUCUAACCAUAUGAAUAAAAACACAUUUAGUCUCUUGCACCAUAAAAAGAUUUUUAACCUGUUUCCCAAACUGCAAUUUGAUUUGCUAAUCCAGUUAGCCAGAAAUAUAUCUCUCCUCAUAGGCGCCUGAGCAAGUGGAGCAAAUGCAUCCCCAUUAUUCAAAUAAUUCACUUUGUCUUUUAAAAAAACAACAACAAAAAACUUAUCAUCAUACAGUCCCCACAAUCAGGUGAUUAUAUUUAAGCAGCCUACAUCAAUGAUCGUUUUCAGCAACUGACAAAAUAAGUAAUAAUUUUAAAAAAAUCACAUUUUUGGACCACCCAUUGGGUUGGUUCAGUCGAACCCGUCGCAUCAUUUGCCAAGCAUGCUUAGGCUGUCAAUCACUGUCCACUGACACAGGAGUGUGACUGUUUACAAAGGCGAUAAACAUGCCAUUUAGCCUAACUGCGAUAAAAUAAAACAUAGGAAAAGAUAGGCUACCGUAUGUUGAAUGAACCUGCUUGGCCCACUAACUCCAGCCAAACUUUAAAUUAGCUAAAAGUAGGAUUGUAAAGUCACAGAAAUGCUGAACCGAUUUGCGAUCGGAUAGGAUUCGGCUGUGGAGAUGGGACAUUCGCCAAGGAGCCAAAUCGGGUCGAGUCGGCUCUUAUAAGUGUAACGUGGUUAUUAAUAUUUUGCAUUAGCCCUGUUGAUUUUAUUAUUUGGGAUGUAAUGGAGGGUAAACGCGCAUAAACGCAGUUACCCACCUUUUUUAUGAGUUUACCAUUACCUAACAUUGGACAGUUUCGCCCCACACAACAGCAGCAGAAUAGUGUUUCCCAAACCUUUUAUUAGAGCACGCACAACCCUGGCUGCAUGUUUUCCAUCCAACCCUGUUUCACCACAACUGGCUCAAAUGGGAUUUUAUGAGCCAUGCAGUUACAUUCAACAAAGUAAGGAACACAAUCUCAUAAUGUGUCAUUAUUAUUCAUCUAACUGUAAGAUUGAGUAGGGCCUAUACAAAAUUGAUUAGUUUAUGUUUUGGAAAUUAUCCUCUAUUGUUACCAUAAGUCAGGUUAAGUGGUGAAGAAACGCAGGAAAUUUGUUUUAAAAAAAAAUUUUAUGGGGGAAGACCCCCAGACCCACCGCCAAUUAUGUAUCUGUCCAAGUUUGCUCCCCAAUUUUAAAACAUAACCAGGCGCCCAUGUCUCCUACACUUAGUACGUCACAAAUAAAAAUACCAAUGUGUUAUUGUGCGCGAAAAUAUACUGUCAUGGAAAGAAACAUCAUAUCAUAAACAAAUAUAACUUGUAUAAAACGUUUUCUUGGUGUCGUACUAAUCAAGUAAGGACCUUUGUCAUUUCCUGCUACCAUUUUGGUUUGGUUUAGGAGAGUCACAACUAGGGAAAUGGGUUGAAAAUCUUUUUUUUUAUCAUGCAACAAACCAAGUAUUUUUUAAAUCUAAAUGGUAAGAAGAGUUUUUGAGGAUUCUGAAAAUACCAUCAGCACAGCAAUAAAAAUCUGGGUUUUUCAAAGAUCACCAGGCACUUUGGAAAAUCGGAUGCUUAGCUCUCUGACUUGACUGUAAUGUAACAGUUGAUAAGUACAAACUGGGGCUAAUCGUUUGUUGAGAUUAAAAGUCGCACCACCCACUAAUCUCUGUAGCAGGGGAAACACUGAUGGUAUAAUUGUACAAUAAUUAUCAUGUUGUUAUAUUUGUCACUUUAAAUUUGAAACAGCUGGUGUAAUGUUUCUUUCUGUGUUACUAUUCAACCAUAAAACAAAAUCAAGGUUGACAACAGA